AAAGGGAAAUUGAAAAUGACAGAUCUGUCUGAAAAGGGGUCUGACAUCGAUAUCGAUGAAAUGGGGAAAAUCGUCGAGGAUUUUGGCGAUCUGGACAGUAGUUUACUUGGUGACUCAAUGAGGAAUAAAAAUGCAGGAGAAAUUAAAAGUCGAGGGAGAGAUACUCAGAAAAAAGUUGCUUUCGAAGAUCCCGAUAGUGAAUCGCUAUUGAAUGAUCUCAGCGAAGGAGUGGACUCAGAAAAUAAUUUGAAACCCCUCUUGAGUGAUUCAAAGUCGAGCAAACUCGCAAAUCUGUUCAAACUUGACUCAGCUGAACCGAAAGGAAUCUCAACCACCACUUCAAUAUUUUCGGAGUCAACCACAACGAAACGUCCGCACUCAAGUGUGAACGAUCCUCCAAAGUCUUUAGAGACCUUCGAACCCCCUAAGACUGAAAUUCCAGUGGUAAAAAUAUCAGACAGGGCUAAGAAAUCAUCCCUGAUGGAGGAUUUGUUUGGCUCAAGGUCUCGGGCUAGUUCCCUGAAAGACAUCUCUAAGAAUCCCUCCAGGAAGACCACCGAAAGUACCGAGAAAUUCUCUGAAUCAAUGCCGAAUCUCCUGGAAAGGGAUCAAGGAGGCAAAUCAAGUUCAGGUGGAUUUACUUUGACUUCUUCUAGCUCUAGAGAGCCUAGGAGAGGGAGAGGCAAGUCCACGGUUCUUGAUGACCCUCUAGGGCUUCUGGUAUCCUCUAGCACUUCUCAGGAGCCAGACAUCCUUGAGAAAAAAUUAGAACCUGUGGAGAAAAAAACUCAGCCUACUAAUUCUCAAGAUGACUUGCCAGAGUGGUUGGGGGGUUCCAAGAGAUCUGAUAAACCUGAACUAAAACUUCAAGGAGCAGAAACUCCCCUACAAAGUUUAGUACUUCAAGCUGAUAAGAGAGCGUUUCCCCAUCCUGAGGUUUCUCAAUUAACCGAAGUGCAGUUUGAGCAGCAGGCAGCACUAAUUACCCUCCAGCAACAGGAACACGAGCUCCGAACUGCCACAGUUCUGUCUCAGCAAUCUGAGCACUUGCAGAGUAUCAUAAAUCGUCAGAAGGGUCAGUUGAACGAACAGGAGAGGAUGUUUAAUAUGCUCGUACGAAAACAAAUGGAAAAACAGUCUACUCUCGACAUGGAAAUAAAAAUGCAACAAGCGAAAAUCGAUCAUUACAUUCAGGCACUUGCAAAGGAACCAGUAGAUUCACAAUCAGCUUUGCUCCCAGAAGACGAAGAAUUGGGUCUGAAGAAAGAAAAUAAGUUUAAGGAAAACACUCCAAUUGAAUCUGAGGUUUUAAUCAAUAGACUGGCCUUAGAAAAGCAGAACUUAGAGAACAUAGUGGAUAUUUUAAAGGAGAAGCAUGAGAGAGAGAUUAAGAUUCUUGAGGAGUCACAAGAAACACAGAUGCAUUUCAUGCGCUCAUCAGUGGACAGGCUCGAGACAAAAUUGCGAGAGGAUACUGAAACAUUGGAGAAAGAUUAUGAGAAGAAAAUUGAAAAAUUGGAGGAUGAGAAGAACCAAAUGCAGGCAUUAUUCCAGGAACACAUUCGUAAUCUUAAGCAAGAACAUGAAGAACUAGUGAGUGAAAUGCAUGCAAGACAUAGAGAUCAAAUCACACUGCUCCAAACGGAGCACUCGGAGACAAUCGAGAACAUAGCACGUGCCAAACAAUUGGAGAGAAAAGCUGUCGACUUUAUGGAGUCAAACAAAGCUAGCCUAGACUUAAUAUUAAAUAAUUCGAAGGAAAUUUCCGAUAAUUUUCAAAAUAUCUCGGAUCAAUUCAAAUCUAAAGAGGCCGAACUAAUUACUAAAAAAGAGAAGGAUUUAAUGAAACAAGAGGAACAAUUACAAGGGCUUAGAGAACAGUUGAACUCCCAGCAAGAAUUAUUGGAAACUGAACGAAAGGAAUUAGUAGUUGCAGCUCGUGAUUUAAAGUCUGAAAUAUAUCAAUUGUCACUUCAGUUCCAGAGGAAUACUGAACUGUACAACGAAACUGAGACGAGACUGAAGAUUAGGGAGCAGGCUCUCAUUAAGGAGAGGGAGUUGUUUCAAGAGCAGAGUAAAUGGGAACGUGAUCAUCUGCAGUAUUUGAAAGAAGCAUGGAUGACAGAACAAAAAAGACAAAUGCAACAAUUGGCAGUUGAGAGAGAAGCCGCAGCUGCAGAAAAAGCCAAACUCGAAGUUUUGAAUUAUUUGAAAACUAGCUCUGAGGAUGUUACGAAAGGAGAGCUGGAGGCAGCUAUUAAAGCAGCCCACGAUGCAGCUCAUUCAGCAAAUCUCGAGAGAAGGAAAUGGCAAGAGCGAAUCAAAGCGUAUGAAACUGAUCAGGAGAGAAUUCUAGCUAAAGAAAAACAUCUAACAAAACGAGCUAAAGAGUUGGAAGAUCUUACUGAGUCAGCGAUAUCGAAACGUGAAGAGGGGAUGAGAGCCUUGAAAGAAGCCCAAAGGCUCGAAAAACAGCAUAAAGAUCGAAUGAGUCAAUUAGAGAUGCAACUGGAGCUAGUGGCACAACGAGAAAAUAAAAUAGCGACUGAAAAACUUUCCUUAGCGAGGGACAGAUUAGCAGUGAAAAUCCAACGAGAGAAGCCUGAAAAAGACGUGAGCAAUAACUCAUUCCACAGUCAGUUGCAUCAACCGUAUUUCUUGCCUCAAAUGCCGACACAUUUCCGGGACGUCGUGGAUCCCCAACUGCUACUUCUAAAAUUGAAUCUAGACAAUAAACUAAACACAUCGAAUGAAUUGAUAAGUGAUAUGCAAACAGUAGACUAGUAGUAAUAAUAAAAGUAAUGAUUUUGAAGAAAUAUUAAUUUUUUCAAUACGCAUAUUAGCUUAAAUUAAGGUAAGAGUUAAAUUGCUUAAAUAUAUAUGAACGCUUUAUGAGUUUAUAUAGCGUCCCACACCAUGUGAUCUCUCAUUAUAAUAUUAGAGAUGGUCUAAGAGUGGGUAAAUAGGGAAUUAGGAUAACUCUUAAUGAUUUCACAAAAAAAAAUUUACUGAAAAAUCGUAUUACAUGUCUCGAAUACAGACAUAUUCUAUGGUAGUAUCUCAAUUAAGUCUUCUACAAAGAAUAGAUUGAACUAUUUUCUUAAAAAUAAUAAAUGCCAGCGAUUCUUCCAAUGCUAUAGGAUGUCGUGGAGUUCAACCUCUACUUAUCAAAUGAACUCUAGGCAAUAAACUAGACAUAUCGAAUAAAUGAGAAGCGACAUACAGACGAUAGGCAGAUAAAUAAAUUUCUAAAAAAAUUAAUUUAUUGAAUAAAAAUAUCAGUCUAGAUUAACGUAAGAGAUAAAUUGAACUGUGAUUCCUCCUCUGAAACAAACACAUUUGUGUAAAUUACCUAAUCUAGUUCCCUUUUGACAAAUCUUUUCUCGCUUUACUGGAAAUUAUAUGAAUUCCGUUAUUUACCUUCAUCAUUUAUUGAAGUGAUGUACUCAGAAAAUACUGGAAUGCUGUCUAUCACAGUCUGUACCGCAGUCACUUUGCUAUUUACCUUUACAACAUCUUUUUUGGAGUUUUCAUUCGAGUUUUGCUGUGAGUUGGAGAUAAAAAAUGAUAUUUAAUUCAAGUUAAAUCUUUGGGAUUCUGUGAGUGACUUACUACUGCAGUUGAUAUUUUCUCAGUAUCCACGAUCUCUUCCGCCCCAAUCGUUUCCGAUUUCUCACUCUGAAAGUUGAUGAAUGUCAUGGUGUCAUUGAAAAAAUUCAGGGCUUGUCUGAAAAAUGAGAGAAUUUGUCAAAAUUUUAUUUUAAAAGAAUCGUAAGAUUUUUUUAGUGGACCCACGUUCGAGAGAUGUUGGAAAUUGGUAGUUCAGCAUCUCCCUUGGUCUCCUGCACGCUCUUGUGAAUGCUGUGCCUUGAGGAAGUUAUGGAACUCAGGUUUUUAUCGAUUGCCAAUACACACUGUUGUUUCUCUUCUGCACACGGAAAUAUUUAUGUAUUCAAAAUCAUCAUUUUUUCAUGUUGCGUAACAGGCUAGACAAUUUGAUAACAAAAUUUGAAACUUGAAAACUCAAUCCAUGGCAAGGAUUUUAUUCGGAUAGAAACAUGAAAGGGAGUUUGAGAAAAUUUGUUUUUAGUUUUUUCCUCCACUGUAAAAGUUUAUUGGAUCGUACGUAGAACAUUUGGUAUUGCGCUUUUGCAAAAUUGGUUUAUUUUUACCCAUCAAAAUGGGUUUAAAUUUGAGACAAACUGUAAUAUUCCAUCCAAUAUUUUAACGUAAAAACAUAACCUUUUAGCUGACUCAAAGUCUGUGUAAGUUUCUCUAACUCCUCCUUCCUUAGUUUUUCUUUCUGCAUAAGCUCAUUUUGCCGACGUUGUUGAUCCUUCUGGAGAUGAUCCAAGAACACAUCCACUGACUCCAUUUCACUAUCCUAUCAUCACAAGUAAAGAAUGAGCUUUGAUGACACACCGGUAAUCAAGCACCACUACGAUUUGGCGCCUUUUUCGUCGAACCUUGAAUGUUUGAACCCGGAUUGUCCCCCACUUUAUGCUCACCCUCGCCCUCAUUUAGGGUGGUAAUAAUAAUUUUGACUCUAGAAUAAAGCUUUUAUUCGAAAAUCUGUUUGGAGGAUCCAAGGAUGGGAGAAAAAAGAAUUCCAAAAGAUAAUAAAGAAAUUAUGUUGGACAGAACAGACGAAUUUAUUACUUGCAAACCGGCCAAAGCUGGACACUCAAUAAUAAUCUGAUUUGCAUAACAAAAUUGAGAAGAUAGUUAAAUCAGUGUAAUUAACUAAUUACAGUAGAAA